AUGAUCUGGCGGCGCGCAGGGUCGCUGUCACGACGGCCGUGGGGCCGCCGUGGCUACGCCACCGUGCCGCCGGCGCCGUACGACGUCUUGUUUUGCGGCUCGGAUGCAUUUGCGUGCGAGGCAGUGGCUGCUAUCGCGCACCGGCCCGACUUGUACCGCUCCCUUCACGUACUGACCCCCCCGGAUGUACAGCAUGCCUGGGGCGCGAAACGUAUGCGUGUAUCGCCUGUAAAGCAGUUCGCGAUACUGCACAACAUACCACAGACAGCUGUGCCGCCCGAAGGCAUCGACGCCUACGAGCCUCCGUCGCUCAUUCGUGACUCACAUGCGCCGCUGCUCGUGACGGCUUCGUUUGGGCACCGCAUUCCCACGCAUCUCUUGUCCCACUUUCCCUCUCCGUCGCUCACGCUCAACCUGCAUCCAUCCAUGCUCCCUGACCUCCGGGGUGCAGCCCCAUUGCAGUGGGCUAUUGCGCGGCAAUAUACCCACACGGGGAUGAGUGUGCAGCAGUUGCAUCCCACGCACUUUGACCGCGGCGGCCUUUUGAAGCAGGUACGUGUGCCCAUACCCUCCCACGCCACGUAUCCAGCCCUGGCUACGGCACUCGCGCCUCAUGCUGCCGAGCUGCUUGUGGAUGUCAUCGCACAAUUGCCGUCGUACGCUGCGAACGUCCAAGCCCAGGAUCCAGACCGUGCGACUCGCGCUCCGAAAUUGGCGCCGCGCUUCUCCCACAUACGAUGGGACUCUUGGGACGCAGCCACGCUGGACGCCCGAAUGCGUGCCUUUGGGUAUGCCCAGCCGCUCACGACGACGCUCGUGCCCGCCUCGUCCCAAUUUGCCCCCGUCUCUUGUGCGAUUCACGAAGGACACAUCAUGCCGAGCGAAUCAAUCAGCCUCGAUCGGCCCGGUCACGCCGUCUUUCUGCCCCAGGAACAGACUCUAGCGCUACAGACGUUGUCUGGUGUCUAUGGCGCUACGCGUAUCCAGACCCGCGGUAAACCUGUUCGCUCCGCCGCCGACUGGUGGCGCGGCUUCCGCGAUCGUGCAGAUGCACACGGUCAUAUUCACUUCGAAUGA